AUGACACCCAUCAAAGGUCCCGGAGCAGCCCAAUCCCACGACGGAACCGGCCUCCGCGUCGCAAUCAUCCACGCAAGAUGGAAUGAGCAAAUCAUUGAGGCUCUCGUCUCCGGCGCAAAGAAGCAACUCCUCGCCGCCGGCGUGACGGAAGAGAACAUCACCGUCGAAACCGUUCCCGGCAGUUACGAAUUGCCCAUCGGUGUUCAGCGCCUCUACGCAGCAUCCCAAGUCCAAGCCUCAGCCGGUGAAGGCAUCAGCGCCUCGGACCUCCUCUCAUCCAGCACGACAGACCUUAAGACGACCGCGACGACCGCGCCGAAGAAAGCCUUCGACGCCAUCAUCGCCAUUGGCGUGCUGAUCAAGGGCGCGACGAUGCAUUUCGAGUAUAUCGCUGACGCGGUUAGUCACGGGCUUAUGCGGGUGCAGCUUGAUUCGGGCGUUCCGGUUAUCUUUGGCCUUUUGACUGUUCUUACUGAGGAGCAGGGUCUUGAGCGGGCGGGGUUGGGAAGCAGUGGGAUGCAUAAUCAUGGUGAGGAUUGGGGGAGUGCGGCUGUUGAGUUGGGUGUUAAGAGGAGGGAGUGGUUGGAGGGGAAGAUUAACUAG